ACAGUCGCCGACAAGAGAAAUAGUUUUGGCAUCUUAUCAUUGGUGUAAAAGUAAAGUUAGGCUCUACAGAGUUACUUAUAUUAACCAGUUUCAGGCAAAAUAAUACAAACUGUACAACAACUUUCGUAAAUAUCAGUCUCGCUAUGAACAGGAUGAUUUUUAAAAUGAACUUUUUAUUUUAUUCAGUGAUAAUUGUUAUUUUCAUAUCUGAGGGUGUUUUAUCAACCUUCAGUGAACUGUCUCCUGCUAUAAAAAAAAUUGAUUUUCUGCCAAGCUCAUCUGAACCAGCGUCCCAGUACUCUACCCAUCGGUUGGCAUUUCUAGAUGAAAUUUUAGAGAAGUACGACAAGCGUGCUUGGCCAACCUAUGGAAAAGGGAUGCCAACCGAUGUUAAAGUAAACAUCUAUAUCAACGAUAUUGGUUCAGUGAAUGCAGCUAAUAUGGAUUACAGUUUGGAUAUUUACUUGCGGCAGUUAUGGAAAGAUCAACGUCUGAAGUUGUCCACGUUUGGAAUAAACCAGUCAGUGACCUUGAAUGGUGAUGACUUGAUCAACAGGAUAUGGAAGCCUGACCUUUUUUUCAGAAAUGUGAAGGAAGCACGAUUUCACAGAGUGACGGUGCCAAAUAUGUUGAUCAAAAUAUCUCCUGAUGGGUCGAUUUUAUUCAGUAUGAGACUAACUCUUAAGUUAUCUUGUCACAUGUCUUUCCGACACUACCCUCUCGACACUCAACGAUGUCACGUUAUCGUGGGCCCUUACGCACAAACUACUGACCAAGUUAGGGUUAGCUGGCAGGAGAAGAACGCCCUCCUUAUUGAAGAAAUGGUGGAGCUGAAUGAGUUUGAUCUAGUUGAACACAGUUGUGGCCAGUUCCUGCGUGUCAUCGACACAGGAGCUUUCAGUUUCCUCAACGUGAGCUUCAUUUUGGAACGCCAGAAUGGCUACCAUUUGAUUCAGACGUAUCUUCCUACAUUCUUGAUUGUAAUGAUCUCCUGGGUGUCCUUCUGGCUGAACGUAGACGCCGUUCCUGCCAGAGUGACCCUAGGAGUGACCACUCUACUUACAUUGACCACCGUGGCUGCAGGAGUGCGAACGCAAUUGCCUCCUGUAUCAUAUAUCAAGGCCAUUGAUAUUUGGAUUGGCUCAUGCUCAGUGAUGGUUUUUGGAGCCUUGUUGGAAUUCACUCUUGUCAACUACCUUUCUCGCAGUGAGAAAACAACCGAAAGCUUAAAGAAACCAGUAAGCAUAUUUAAACGUCAGAAGACAAGUCUAGUUAACCCUAAACUGUCACAAGAGGAGGAGACUAGAGAAAACACAUCAACCAUGAAGGAGGCUAUCAUGGUCGAUCGAGUGUGUAGAAUUUUGUUUCCUUCGGCGUUUUUUGUAUUUAAUUUAGUAUACUGGUUUUAUUAUCUUUAUACUCCAGAGUUGUUUACCGAUGCUGUUCCUAAAGAUUGCGAGUCGAGUGCCCUAACCACCAGGCCAUGUCAAGCUCCUUGCACAAGGUAUGGAACCGAUAAAAACACCCAGAAUAAGAACUUGAGAUCAAUACAUAUCGAUCCACACCCUGAAGGAACGCAUCGUUUGUCUUUUAUAGAUAAGGUUCUGCUUGGAUAUGAUAAGCGAGCUUGGCCUACUUACGGUAUAGGUAAAUCGACAAUUAUCAAAGUAAAUAUUUACAUUAACAGUUUGGGUUCUGUGAAUGCAGCAGAUAUGGACUACGGCUUAGACAUUUACCUUCGUCAGUCCUGGCAGGAUCACAGGCUCCAUCUAGCGGAAUACGGAUUGAAUAAGACCGUAACUUUAAAUGCCCAAGAUAUUAUUAAUCGUAUCUGGAAGCCUGAUUUGUUCUUCAGAAACGUGAAAGAAGCUUAUUUUCAUUUAGUUACUGUUCCCAACAUGUUGAUAAAAAUUUCGCCGGAAGGUGAUAUACUUUAUAGUGUGAGAUUAACAUUGCGGCUGGCAUGUGAAAUGGUUUUCCAUCAUUAUCCGCUGGACACUCAACAUUGCCAUGUCCUCGUGGGUCCAUAUGCAUUGAAUGAAGAAAGAGUUAUCCUGAAGUGGACGAACAGACCAAUUCAACUAAAUCCGAAACUUAGAGUCCCGGAGUAUGAUAUUAUGAAUACUUUUCAAACUGGUUCUUCCCAUGAACACUAUGGAGGCGUAGGAAACUUCAGUUUUUUGAAAAUCACCUUUACGUUGAAAAGACAGAACGGCUACCACUUGAUUCAGACAUAUCUUCCUACUUUCAUGAUUGUAAUGAUCUCCUGGGUGUCCUUCUGGCUGAACGUAGACGCUGCUCCUGCCAGAGUGACCCUAGGAGUGACCACUCUACUUACAUUGAGCACCGUUGCAGCAGGAGUUCGAACUAAUCUACCCCCGGUUUCGUAUGUCAAAGCUAUUGACGUUUGGAUCGGCGCAUGCUCAGUUAUGGUUUUUGGAGUCUUGUUGGAAUUUACACUCGUGAACUUCCUUUCUCGUAGUAAGUCUCGACCUGAAGAUAUUUUCAAGCCUAUCAAAGUGUUUCAAAGCAGAAGACCAAAAAUUAUUCAAGACAGUCUGAACGUCCAGAUGAGAACUACCAAAGAAAUGGCCAUAAACCUGAAGAAGGCACGACACGUGGAUCGCGUUUGUCGUGUUUUAUUCCCUUUUGUGUUUUUGGUUUUUAACAUUAUUUAUUGGCUCUAUUAUCUCCUCCUUGAGAUAAAAUCAUAAUAUAUCUAAUCUGUUUGAAAGGGAGUUGACAUUUUUUUGGCCUUUAAUUAUGAUGUGCGCUUCGAAGAAAAUUAAUUCCUUGGUGCAACAUCUGCUGUGUUUUCCUUCUAUUUGUUUACUCUCAUUCUUAAUAAUCAUAGAACGCGAAAUUCAUAAAUAGGUAUACUCUAAAGAGUUUAAAUAUUUAAAAAAUUGAAGAUAUGUAAUUUGUAGUAAGCACUAAAAUUUGUUUUCCCUUUUUCAUUUAUAGUAUAUCUUAUUCCAGUCCUCAAUCAGUCAAAAGAUAUCCC